AUGAAUGAAAUUAAUUAUUAUUUAAAAUCAAAUUUACUUGGGUUACCAUUAGAGAUGAUACAAUAUUUAAUUGAAAAAUAUGAAAAACAAAUUGAUAUAAAUAGUUUAAUUAAUGAUGAAAAUAAUUUAUUAAUUAUUCCAACAUUUAAUUCAGAUGGUUCAACAAUUAAAUUAAUAUUUAAUAAAUAA